AUGCUGCUCUGGAUGAUUUUACUGCUCCGUGUUUCCAUGAUUGGAGCUCAAGAGUUGCUCCAGGAUCCUGUGCUGAGCCGCCUCAACUCUUCAGAGUCAACAGAUGUGAUCCUGAAGUGUACAGCAAAGGUAGACCCCAAGCAGCCAGCUUUACAGCUCUCUUACUCUUUCUACAAAGACAACCAUGUCGUUCAAGACAGGAGUCACAACCCAAUAUUUUUCAUCUCAGAAGCCAAGGAGGAAAACUCUGGGCUUUACCAGUGUAUAGCCACAGUGAACACCGAGGACAGCAUAAUCCAGAAAAAAAGUGGCUAUCUGGAUAUCCAACUCUGGACUCCUGUAUCCCAUCCUGUGCUCACUCUGCAACAUGAAGCCACUAACCUUGCUGUAGGAGACAAGGUGGAGUUUCUCUGUGAAGCCGAGCAGGGUUCCCUUCCAAUCCUGUACUCAUUCUACAUUGAUGGAGAAAUCCUAGAGAAACCCCUGGCUCCCUCUGGCAGAGCUGCCUCCCUCCUCGCCUCAGUGAAGGCAGAGUGGAGUGCCAAGAACUAUUCCUGUGAAGCUAAAAACAACCUCUCCAGUGAUGUUAGUGAGCCCAAGAAGUUCCCCUUCGUUGUUUCAGGUACUGUCUUGACCAAGAGCAACACGCUUAUCAUCUGGCUACCUGCAAGCUGCUUGGUUGGAUGGUCGUUGCCGAUGCGGUUCUAA